GAGAGGUUCAACUUCUUCUCCAUACCUCGGUAGUCUCGUUCAAAUCUAUUGGUCCAGAUGAAGGCAUAGCCUUUGAUAGUUGGCUAUAAGAAGUCGUCACACUAACUCUCUCAAGUUUGCCUUCGUGAGCAUUGGCUACCUUCAAUGAAUAUCAUCCGCAGAAGACUUGCGACAAUGGCUAGCUCACGGAUGAGAUCGUGGUUUCCGGGUACCGAGUACCCGUUGGUAAUCAACGCGCCGAUGGAUGGCAUCGCAAACUCGAGGCUAGCUACUGAAGUGACCAAAGCCGGAGGUUUGGGAUUCAUCCAAGGCGGCCGGGACUUCACUCCGGCGUCGGCCCCGCUCAAAAGACUCGAGGACCAACUCACGCAGGCCCGCGAGCUACUCGGCAUCGCACCCGCCGCGAAAGACAAGCCGCUGCCCAUCGGCGUGGGAUUCAUCACGUUCUCGGCCUCAGCGAGGCAGCACUUCGUCGACACCGUGAUCCCGAUCCUCAGGCGCCACCGCCCCGCCGCCGUCUGGCUCUUCGCGCCGGCGCCCGACGCCCCCGAAACCUUGCCCUCGCUCAUCGCGGCGCUGAAAUCCGCGCACGUCCCCAAGGUCGUGGUCCAGGUCGGGUCCGUGGCCGCGGCUCGCGAGGCCGCGGCCCACGGCGCCGACGUCAUCGUCGCUCAGGGCGUCGACGCGGGAGGUCACCAGUGGGCCAGCGGCGCGGGCGUCGUGAGCUUGGUGCCGGAGGUUAGGGAUAUGCUGAGCGCGGAGUUUUCUGACAGGGAGAUUGCGGUUUGGGGCGCGGGCGGGAUCGCGGAUGGGAGGGGGGUUGCGGCGGUGUUGGCGCUUGGGGCGGAGGCGGGGGUUUUGGGGACUAGGUACAUGGUCGCUACGGAAUCCGAUGCGCAAGACUAUGAGAGAAAGGCGCUUCUAUCUGCGACGGAUGGGGGGAGAAGUACGGUGAAAUCUCAACUCCACGAUCACGUCCGGGGCAACAUGGGUUGGCCCGAUCUGUACGACGGCCGCGCUAUCAUAACGCCCACAUACAAAGAUCACGCGGCCGGCGUGUCGCUCGACGAGAACGCGAAGAAGUACGAGGCCGCUAAAAAGGGCGGCGACUUGUCUAGGAUGGUUACUUGGUCUGGAACGGGCGUCGGCCUGGUUAGAGAGGAGCUUCCGGCUGCUGAAAUUACGAAGAGGGUGAGAAAGGACGCGCUGAAGGCUAUUCAAGGGCUCAAUGCCUCCCUUUGAAGAUAUUCAGGUUGGUGUACAGCGUCAUAUUUGGGGUUUCACAAUUUGCAUUUCUACCGCAUCUAUUUGAUGUGUAUUGCUGAUAUAACUUGAACAUAUAAGUUUUGGAUAGGUAUCACUUAUGCAAAUAUAUUAUGGUGUCGCCGAUAUUCAGA